AUGGCCAACCAGAAACCCAAGGAAGGAGUCCAGACUGAGAACAACGAUCACAUUAAUUUGAAAGUGGCGAGACAGGAUGGUUCUGUGGUGCAGUGUAAGAUUAAGAGGCAUACACCACUUAGUAAACCAAUGAAAAUCUAUUGUGAGCGGCAGGACACACCUGCACAGUUGGACGUGGAAGAUGAAGAUACAAUUGAUGUGUUUCAGCAGCAGACAAGAGGUGUCUACUAA